AAUCACAUCACAAUGUUAACGCAUUUUAUCGAAUAUCGAUAACACGAGUCCAGUGACGUCGAGUUUUGAAGUCGUCGAUUGAUAACAAAUCCACGGGUCCAUUCACCACACCAGUACCAUUACCACCACCACCGUCCACGGCAAAUUCAAGAUUAUGCGCAGAUAUCAGCCGUUCACUGUUCACAUAGCCAUUUCGCAAUCUGAAAUCAAACUGUUCGGUUUGUUAGUCAGAUUCUGCUGAAAGGAAACAAGAUCAUGGAUCCCUCCGUAAACCUCCGGCAAGAGCAACUGGUGGACCUGGUGGACGCAAAAUCAACCCUUAGUGGGUCCGGUAGUGAUGAAGCAGAUGCAGCUGGAUUUAACGAAUCGAAACCGGUCGAGACCCUGCCUGUUGGGCCGAUUCCGAAACGGAAGGGAUCCGUGUUUCUAAACACACCUACUGCUCCGAACGCUAAGCUGUACUCUAUGAACGGAGCGAAACGUGGCAAGGUGUUAAUAUUCGAUCAGGUAACUUUCGAUGAUAAGAGUUAUCCGAAACGAACCGGUACGGACAAAGACGUCGAAAGAUUAUACCAUGGUUUGCCUCGACUCGGAUUCCAAAAGGAGAAUAUUGAAGUGUACGAAGACAUGAAUUCGAGCGAAAUCUACCGGACUGCGGUGAAACUGGAAAACGACGCUGAUCUGGAAAAAUCCGAUUGUUUAGUGGUGGUGAUACUGACACACGGUGAAGAGAAUGACAUGUUGAUGGCCAAAGAUGGCCAGUAUAGUUUGUACAAGUUUAUUGAAAAUUUCACUCCCACUACCUUGAACUCAAUGGCUGGAAAACCGAAACUGUUCAUAGUCCAAGCAUGCCGUGGCAAAAAACUAGAUCAUGGUGUUCAGCUGCGAGCGAGCCAGAUUCAGACGGAUAGUGCCAAAGAUCAGGUCGACUCGCAGACAAAGAUUUUCACGUAUCCGGAAUUUGCCGAUCUGGUCGUUGUGAUGAGUUCCCAUCACGGUCACUACUCAUUCCGGAACGAACAAGGAAGCUGGUUGAUUCAGGAACUGUGCACUGUAAUCGAAAGCUGUGAUCUGGAAACGGAUUCUAUUUAUGACAUUCUGACGGAAACGAAUAAUGCCGUAUCCAAGCGGAUCAGCAAUUCCGACGGAGAGUUGGAUAAGAAGAAACAGAUUCCUAGCUUCUACUCCACCCUGACUAAGAAGCUGUACUUCAGACCAUCAAAGUAAAUGCAGCGACGUUUGAUAAGAUGCUUGAUUCUUCUGUGGAUAGCAAAGGCGAAAUAAAGUUUGACACCUCGCGUUCGAUCAGACAGUGGAAAUGGAUCAUAUCAUUCGAUCACUUUGAAAUUACGUUUUCAACCGAAAAAAAUAAAAUUAUAAUAAAACGACUAAAUUACAAUGAUUUUUACUGUUGAAUUUCGAG